CCGUGCAGCCGGGCGCCCUAGCGAGCGCGGGCCCGGCGCCGGGCCCGGGCAGACGGCGGGGGGCGUCUCCACGGAGACUCUCUCUGAGGCCCCUGAGCGGCGAGAGCGAAGGCGAGGCUAAGUGGGGCCGAAAUCAUGAACCGGAGUUUUCAUAAGUCUCAGACCCUACGCUUCUACGACUGCAGCGCAGUGGAAGUCAAGAGCAAGUUUGGGGCCGAGUUCCGAAGGUUCUCCUUGGACCGCCACAAGCCUGGGAAGUUUGAAGAUUUCUACCAGCUGGUGGUACACACCCACCACAUCUCCAACACCGAAGUGACCAUUGGCUAUGCUGAUGUACACGGGGACCUGCUGCCCAUCAACAAUGACGACAACUUCUGCAAGGCUGUCUCAAGCGCGAACCCCUUGCUUCGAGUCUUCAUCCAGAAGCGAGAGGAGGCAGACCACUACAGCUUCGGAGCAGGCACUCUGUCGAGGAAGAAGAAGGUGCUGGUGACCCUGAGGGACGAGGGUCUGCGUCGGCGUGCCCAGCUCAACAUCAGCAUGCCGCACGACUUCCGCCCGGUGUCCUCCAUCAUUGACGUGGACAUCCUCCCUGAGACGCACCGCCGCGUGAGGCUUUACCGGCACGGCUGUGAGAAGCCGCUGGGCUUCUACAUCCGAGAUGGCACCAGCGUGCGAGUGACACCCCACGGGCUGGAAAAGGUACCAGGGAUCUUCAUUUCCCGAAUGGUGCCCGGCGGCCUUGCGGAGAGCACUGGGCUGCUGGCUGUGAAUGACGAAGUCCUGGAGGUGAAUGGGAUUGAGGUCGCUGGAAAGACAUUGGAUCAAGUCACGGACAUGAUGAUAGCCAACAGCCACAACCUCAUUGUCACUGUCAAGCCCGCCAACCAAAGGAACAAUGUGGUCCGCAGCAGCCGCGCCUCCGGCAGCUCUGUCCAGUCCACAGACAGCACCACCAGUCACCACAGCCUGCCGGGCGCCCACGCCCUGCAGAAUUCUGAGGAAAUGGAGAGUGAUGAGGAGGCCGACAUCGUCAUCGAGGGGGCUCUAGAGCCUCACCACAUUCCCAAGAUGCAGGCCGUGCCUCCAGGCAGCCUCUCGAGGGCCAAUGGCGCCAGCCUGGCUCACAGGCUGCACAGAGGGGACGUGGGCCUGCAUAGCUCCGGGAGGGAGAGCAACGGCAGCAUCCACAGAUUUCUCAGCUCUCUGAAACCAGACCCCCGACACAGCCUGGUCCUCCCCCAGGGAGGGGUGGAGGAGCACGGACCGGCCAUUACCCUCUAGGGCUGGAGCUACUUGGCAGGCUGAAGUCCCAGACAGACUGUGUUACUAAGACCCCCACGGCUGGCAAGUAUUAACUAGCAGGUAGUACUAUUAGAUGUAUAGCGACUCCAAAGGGAAAUGCUUUAAAUUUUUUGUCAAUUUUAAAAUAAGGAAAAUAAUUGUGUACUUCAUCUUUUCUUUUUUUCAUCAUCAUUCCUACAACCUUAUUCUUUAUUUAAACUUUUGAACAAGAAUACUAUUUUUAUAGGAUUUUUUUUCCACAGAACUUAAAAUAUGCACGACUGCAAAUUAUCUGCGCCAGCCUGACUGCACGUCCAGAACCUUUGCAGAGUAAAACAAAAUACAGAGUGCACAGAGUAUUUUUAACACUGCUUAAAUACUUGUUUUUAAAAUGAAGCUUUAUAGAUGACUUUUUUAAAAUAAAAAUAGUAAAAUUCAUGUUUUUAACCAGUUCGUGUAAAACUAUCUUGUGAUGCCUGAGUGCUCUACUGACCCAGGGUGGCUGUGACAGGAGAAUGGAAACUAAAACUGGGUUCCAUCACAGAAAGUCUGUUUUCACAUUGUUUACAACCAGCUCAAAAAGCCCUCUGGCCUAUACUCAAGAACCACUGUGGUUACAGGGAUUUGCAGAGCUGUCCCAGCCACGACAGCCAGGCAGUCACUGCUGUCAGCUUAAAGUGGACUUAGGAGUCCAGCAACUCUGCUGGCUAGAAGGUGAGGCCAGCGAGUCCACGUGGGAUUCAAAAUCAACUGUUCCAUCAGUGUUUUCGUUGGGUUGGGUGACUGGGGCAGUUUUAAGACGUCUUCAGUAGAAACGAGUAUCGCCCCAAAGGCCCUCAGCCGUUUAGUGGAUGCGCGUGUUAGCCUUGCUUCUGAAACGGCUGGUUACUUUUAUAAGAGAAGAUUAGAGCACGUCGAUGUCUGCUCCUGGAACAGAGAGCAGUGGCGGGAAUUAUCCUAACAAGUCGCAAGGAACUUAAUGGUUUUGACAGAAGGUCACUUCUCUUUGACCUUCUUGGAGGUUUGUUAAUGUCUGACCCAAUUAAAUCUUAUAUGAAUUGUGUCUUCUGUUUGGAUACAGUGUUGGGAGAGAAUAUCACAUUAAUUAACUGAGAACAAACUGACCCAAGUGAAUCCUUCAUGGAAAUAAAGGUUUAAAGUAGCCAGGUCGAGUGCCCCAGCUGCUGCCCUAUGGUCUAGCGUCACCUGCUGGUAAGACGCAGAACUGCCCUCUUCGUGAAUGCAUCUCACUGCAUUGUCCUUUGUCCAGUCAGAUAGUUUCCUUUCCUUCGGGGAACUGUUUACCGGGCAGAAGCCGCUCUGGCUAAGGAUCGUUCUCUCGGCCUGUGUCUGUUUCUCAGUUAUGUGCUGAGCGUCAUCCACACAAGGAGAGCAAGAUGCUCCCUCCGUGGGUCUUGGUGAGAAUCCUGACACCCAGAUCCAUGGCUUCCAAAUCGCUAAGAGCAGUUGUUUUGUUUCUGUGCUGCUGCAGUGAUCUGGAAUGGGUUUUACUAAGACAGAUAUUACAGAACCAAAAAAACUGCUACUCAGUUCCUACAAGACUUGUUCUCGGCUACACUGCUGCUGGGUAUUCCGUGUUAAACAACGCUGUUUUUGCUACCAAGAAAGGAAGUGAUGUUUCUCGCCAUGCCCAAGUUGUUUGGUAGAUGUGAAUCAAUUAAUUCAAAACAUUUUUUAAAGCAAAGAGGUCUAAGCUUUGUAAGCUGUUGUCUGUGAGGAAUUACAUGUGUUUAGCAGAUGCCUGAGAGUAUUUUUCUAAACAGAUCUCUACUCUUACCAUUUUAUUUCUUCUUUCAAAUAAUCUGUCAUUAUAUAUUAAAUUUUUUUUGUUGUACAUAUCAGAAUAAAAAGCUUUUCUUUUGAGUUAA